AUGUCUAAUCCGCCUUUCCACGUUGCCAUCAUCGGCGGCGGGCUAUGCGGUCUAUCGCUCGCUAUCGCGCUCACGAAACGAUCGAUCUCACACACCAUCUACGAAGCAAGAGCCUCUUUUACGGAGAUCGGAGCUGGUAUCAACCUGGGACCAAACACCAUCGAAGCCUUCAAGCUCAUCGACUCAGACAUUGGCGAUGCCAUCUUCUCCCUCGCAACGCGAAACCCAGGUCGAAAGAAGGACCUGUGGAUGGACUGCCGUCUUGGAGCACCGACGGAUGACUUCGAGGAUGCGAAGCUCAUCUACCAGAUCACGACAGCUCCUUUGCCGAUCGGAACCAUGACGGUGUCGCGGAACGAGCUGUUGCAAUUCCUUGCUCAGCGGACUAAGCCCGAGAACGCUAGGUACAACAAGAAGCUUGUCGACCUGAAGCACUCUGAUGACGACGUGACCUUGACGUUCGACGACGGCUCACGGGAUACCGCAUCUGUGGUCAUCGGCUGCGAUGGCGCCCAUUCAGUCGUCCGCCGCCUCCUACUUGGUCCAGACAACCCGGCCACAUCCGCCAAAUUCGCUCAGACCGGAGUGUACCGGGCAGUCUUUCCCAUCGAGAAGUUCGAGAAGCUCCUCGGCAAAGAUCAGGCAGGCGUGAGUACCGUCCGCUUGGGACCGGGUGGGUACGUGAUCCACUACCCCAUCGACGGCGGCAAGAAUAUCAACGUUGGUCUGUGGCCAGGCAACAAAGAGGUAUGGGAGCAUGAAGCGUGGGUCAUCCCAAACCAGAAGUCGCAGAUGGUGGAGGACUUCAAGGCAUGGGGCCCCACUGUCCAAGGCUUGAUCAAGGAGAUGUCGGAUGAGACGGCCUUCUGGGCUACGUUCACCCAUUCUGUGCCUCCAGAAUCGUAUUUCGAAGGCCGUGUCUGCAUCAUUGGGGAUUCUGCACAUUCGAUGGGUCCGCAUCAAGGCCAGGGAGCUUCCCAGUCGAUGGAAGAUGCUUGCGUGAUGGCUGAAGUGUUGCAAGCGGCCAGUUCCGCUUCAGCAGGGACGGCUGCGCAGCAAGUGCAAGCCGCCUUCGCAGGCUACGAGCAUGUCCGAAAGCCAAGGUUCGAGAAGGCGCUGAGGACGAGCAAUGAGGCCUUCUCAUUCUGGGGCGAUCUCUGGAAGUCGAAGCUGUCAGAGGCCGACCUUGAGGCGUUUGCAAAACAAGCCGAUGAGAGGUUCCCGUGGCUGUGGCACCCCGACAUUGCUGGACAGGGGAGGAGGGCGCUCGCGGAGAUGAAUAGGCGGCUGAAUGGAAAUGCAGAUGCAUAG